AUGAAGCAAUCCUUGAGAGACUCAGGGACUGAGACCACUUCGAGAAACUUCUUGGUGGCAUUCGACGAGAAGUACUUUCUAUACUCCAUUAAGGAGAGAAAAGAAGUGCAGUCCAUUGAGCUUCAGCAAGGGGGCAUGACAGUGGAACAGUAUACUGCUAAAUUUGCGAAGCUGUCUAAGUACGCGCCUCACAUUAUUAACACCGAGGCACAAAAGGUGGCUAAAUUUGAAAUGGGCCGUCGACCGGACAUUAGAGGGAGAGUACUAUCGGCCAACCUUAAGUCAUAUGCCCUAUUAGUAGACCUCUCUCUGAAGAUUGAGAGAGACUACAAGUACCAUCGAUCAAGGAAGGAGAUGAAUCCCAUGCCAUCGAGAAAAUUUGGGAAGAAGCCCAAACAAUUUCCAAGGAGGGAUGUUAGAGGAGGGCCUUACCAGCAUAACCAGAGGGCCCAGAAGGAUUUCCCUGGCAAUAGAGAGAAUGGUCGAUGA